UGUGUGUGGAUAGUGAGAGACGAAAGUCAACCUCGACGUCGACAACCCCUCAACGACACCCUCCCGUCCGUUACCUCUCCCCGUACGGUUCAUUUUCAAUCGCCAUAUAUAUCCAACAUGGCUGACGCUGCUCCUCGUGGACGUGGAGGAUUCGGUUCCCGCGGUGACCGUGGUGGUGACCGUGGCCGUGGCCGUGGUCGUCGUGGUCGUCGCGGCGGCAAGCAGGAGGAGAAGGAAUGGCAGCCCGUCACCAAGCUCGGUCGUCUCGUCAAGGCCGGCAAGAUCACCAGCAUGGAGCAGAUCUACCUCCACUCUCUGCCCAUCAAGGAGUACCAGAUUGUGGACUUCUUCCUCCCCAAGCUCAAGGAUGAGGUCAUGAAGAUCAAGCCCGUCCAGAAGCAGACCCGUGCCGGUCAGCGUACCCGUUUCAAGGCCGUCGUCAUCAUCGGUGACUCUGAGGGCCACAUCGGUCUCGGUAUCAAGACCUCCAAGGAAGUCGCUACCGCCAUCCGUGCCGCUAUCACCAUUGCCAAGCUCGCCGUUCUCCCCGUCCGUCGCGGUUACUGGGGCAGCAACCUUGGUGAGCCUCACUCUCUGCCCGUCAAGCAGAGCGCCAAGUGUGGUUCCGUCUCCGUCAGACUUAUCCCCGCUCCCCGUGGUACUGGCCUUGUUGCCUCCCCCGCCGUUAAGCGUCUGCUCCAGCUUGCCGGUGUCCAGGAUGCCUACACCUCCUCUUCCGGUUCCACCAAGACCCUCGAGAACACCCUCAAGGCCACCUUCCUUGCCGUCGUCAACACCUACGGUUUCCUUACUCCUAACCUCUGGAAGGAGACUAAGCUCAUCCGCAGCCCUCUUGAGGAGUUCGGUGACGUCCUGCGCCAGGGCAAGAAGUACUAG